CUAAAAAGUGCCCGAAAACAACGCUACGGAGCCAAGUCCGUGGUAUUCGUCCCGUUGUGUGUGUGGAGAAAUGUUGCAGAAGGAAAUGGAUUCCUCCAGAAGCGGCGCCAGAGAAGAUCUCCAGCACUAUUAUCAUUAUGUAUGUUUCUGUUACUACUGCCAAAAUCUCCAUAUGAAAAGCUAAGCUAGGCAGUCGUUCCUCUUUUUGUCUCCAUAUAAUCGUUCCUUCUCGCUCUCCCGCGCGCGCUCCCUCCGCCGGCCGAUCCGUUUCCCGCCUUGCCGUCUUCCCAAGCCAGAAGAAAUGAGUCUCGGCAGCAUAUCGUCGAAGCCGCUGAGCUUCUGUCUCCAUAACCGCUACGUUCUCGCGAAGAACCAGUCGCAGCAGCGAUUUCUGGCUCUCGAACAACGCCGUUUGCGCUGCUCCAACCUGUCUUGGACAACUCCUCGCUUCUCCAGCUCGCUCAGCUACAAUCCUCUCAGUUUCGGAAUCAAGAGCAAUGACGAAGCUAUUUUGAGGAACAAGACGGUGGAAGGGAGGAAGAAGACGAGCACCGUUUGCUCUGCGGUGGCGGUCAGUACUGCUCGCAACCUCCAGUGGAUCUCCACCAUUGCUUCCAUAGUGCUGAUGCUUUCCAAGGGUACGGCUGUCAACAAAUGCCUUCUCGUUCCCCUCCUUGCGUUACAGGCGCCUACUGCUGUGGUCUCUUGGGUUAAGGGUGAAUAUGGUGUGUGGGCUGCAUUUAUGGCGCUUCUCGUACGCCUCUUCUUCUUUAUUCCCGGUGAAUUAGAGUUGCCAUUUAUGGCUUUGCUCUUGGUCAUAUUAGCUCCUUACCAGGUUCUGAACCUAAGAGGAACACAAGAAGGUGCUAUUAUUAGUUUGGCGAUUGCAGCUUACCUGGCUUUCGAGCAUUUUUCACGAGGAGGCAACAUGCAGAAAUCGUUUGAGCAAGGUUCAAUUGUGGCCACUGUAGCUACCAUCUGUAUUGCAGUUGCCUCGUGCUUACUCAUGCUCUGAACUCCAUAUAAAUCACUAGUUCAUAUGAUAUUUGUUUGUCUCAGUUCCUAAAUAAGGUUUAUGGUCAAGGGAAGAGACGUUUCUCUACACUUGUUUGGCCUGUUACAGGGUGUGAUCUCUGCAACAUGCUUCUUGAAUAUGUAGGAAUUGAAUAUAUAAUGAAUGGGGAAGAAAAUAGUAAGCUUUAUAUUUUCAAUCAGGUCAUGUGGAUGUUCUUUCUUCAAUACAAUAAGCGCCCGCUUUCUUUGCAAAUAAAAUGCCAACCGAAGGUGGGAGUAUUCAGAGACUUCUUGAAGCUUUCACAGAUGGUUUGUGAGGAUGAAAGACCCAAGAAUGCCAGUUACUGAAAAGUGGAUCAAUAGGUUUGAUGGAAAGGAGGUUGCAGUGCUGGGAAGACCUGUUGGCUCUGCUACACCGAAUGUUGUUGGUGGCCCACCGAAUCCUCCUGGUGGCCCUCCGAACCCUGCUGGUGGCCCUCCAGUACCAGGCAUCGUCAUUGUUGGCGGACUCAUAGUAGUUGGGGGCAUAAAUGUUGGCGGUGGAUAUGCUGGAGGACUCAUGCUGGGCUGGCCCUUGGAUGAUGAAAAGCGACAGCUCCCGUUACUUGGGUCAGUGCUAGUGAGUUGUGCAGCUCCACCAAAAGCGCAGCUGGUAGGAGAUGGAUUCUUCUGGUAGUAGUCAUUAAAGGCAUAAGAAGCAUGAUCUCUGAGAGUGUUUGGGUUGUAACAACUCGCUCCCGACUGAAUCGCCGAGCAAUCUGCUCCUCCAUAACCGCAAGCAUAAUCAAGUGCCACCUGCAAUGCAGUUUCUGAAGCAGACGGGCUCGCUAUACACCACUGCCCCCCCUCCUCCUCCUCCUCCUCCUCCUCCACCACCACCACCUCCUGGUCCUGUUGGAGCUGUGGGUUGCUGGUUUCCUGACAUAGGAGGGGCUGGAGGCGUUGUGGUGGGGAUCGUAGUUGGUGUUGGAGGUGAGUCUGUAGGAUU